UAAAAAACCUGUCUUUUGUCAUCAACCCCCCCCCCCCCCUCUCUGUCUCUCAAUUGAUGUGCCCAUCUUGGAUCUUCCUCUCCUGAUUCCAAAAACCCUGAAGAAAUCUCUUGUUUUCACUCUCUCCUAAACUAUUUCUCUUAGAUCCAACAACCCUUUUGAUCAUUUUCGCUGAAUUGCUGGAUCCAAUUCUCUCUGAUCACUGAUUCGGGUUUUGUGUUUUUGAAUGUGUAGAUUUGGAUUUGGUCCUGUUUUUUUGAAGAUUGACACUUGUUGAAGAUAAAAGAGGGAUUUUUAACUUUUGGGAUUGGAUUGUUUUGAUAAAAACAUGGCAUCUAAUGUGCCUCCAGGGGCACCUAGACAACCACCACCGCCUAGUUAUAACCCAAAUUAUCAGCAAAACCCGAAUAUUUUAUCCGAUAAUUUUCAGAAUUUGAAUCUCAAUCGGCCCUCUUCCAUGCCGAAUUCAGCUCCUAGGCCUUCGCCAUUUGGCCAACCACCGCCAUUUCCCUCCUCAGCUCCUUCACCACAAUUUUCCCGGCCUGGUGCACCACCUCCUGGUGUUGUCCCUAGACCUUCAGUGCCUCCCUCGGGAUUACCUCCAUCCACUUUCCCCCCAAAUGUUACCCCUGGUAGACCUACUGGGCCGCCUUUCAGUCAGCCGCAGCCUUUCAGUCAGACGCAGCCUUUCAGUCAGCCGCAGCCUUUCAGUCAGCCGCAGCCUUUCAGUCAGACGCAGCCUUUUGGGUCCAGACCGCCUCCGGGGUCAUUCCCGUCUUCUGCAAGUAGUGGUCUGGCAAUGGGUCCUGUCUCUGGUGCACCACCUCAAGGCUCACUUGUACCGCCAUUGGGUUCUCGCCCUAGUCCUGCUGCACCAUCUUCUUCACCUUUGAGUAUGCCCCCUUCCAGUUCAUUUGGUGGUUUAAUGAGUAAUGGGCCACCAGCACCAGCUUUCCAGAGUGCUCCACGUUUUCCUUCCCCUGUUAGUGCACCACAGCAACCGCCCAUGGGUCCUCCACCAACAGUGGGGUUGGCUCGCGCACCGCCUCAAAGCAUGCGCCACUUAAUGGGUAGUUCGGGGAUUAGUGGCCAGCCAGUUGCUCCCUUUUCAGCACCACCUCAAGGGACACCGUUUUCAGCUCAGCAUGGGAUGGCACCACCACCAGUAGGUUCUCCUUUCGCACCACAGAUGCAACCGCAGUCUGUAGCUCAACCUCCACCAAUUCCUGGUUCUGCUCAACCACCUAGAAUGUUUGGAAUGCCACCACCACUACCAAAUCAAAUGACUGCUAUAUCACCUGUUAUGGGUCAAACUGGAAGUCCUCUAUCAGGAGCAUCAAAGAUUGAUCCCAAUCAAAUUCCCCGGCCCAUUCCAGGUUCCUCUGUGAUCCUGCACGAUACUCGUGCGGGGAAUCAGGCCAACCCACCACCGCCUGCUACAAGUGACUACAUUGUUUCAGACACUGGGAAUUGCAGUCCACGGUACAUGAGGUGCACCAUCAAUCAGAUUCCAUGCACGGUUGAUCUGUUAUCAACAUCUGGCAUGCCGUUGGCUUUGUUGGUUCAACCUCUGGCCCUUCCUCAUCCAUCAGAGGAUCCUGUCCAGGUUGUUGAUUUUGGAGAAAGUGGUCCUGUUCGUUGUUCUCGUUGCAAAGGCUACAUAAAUCCCUUUAUGAAAUUCAUUGAUCAAGGGAGGCAGUUCAUUUGUAAUUUGUGUGGGUUUACUGAUGAGACUCCCCGUGACUACCACUGCAAUCUAGGUCCAGAUGGUAGGCGUAGAGAUGCUGAUGAAAGGCCCGAGCUAUGCAGGGGAACAGUUGAAUUUGUUGCCACAAAAGAAUACAUGGUCCGUGAUCCCAUGCCGGCUGUGUAUUUUUUUCUUAUUGAUGUAUCCAUGCAUGCCAUACAAACUGGUGCGACUGCUGCAGCUUGCAGUUCAAUUAAUCAAGUUAUUGCUGAUCUUCCGGAAGGGCCACGGACAAUGGUGGGCAUUGCAACUUUUGAUUCAACAAUCCAUUUUUACAAUCUGAAACGGGCAUUACAACAGCCACUGAUGCUUAUUGUACCUGAUAUACAUGAUGUUUAUACUCCUCUGCAAACUGAUGUUAUUGUUCCGGUUUCCGAGUGCCGUCAACAUUUAGAGCUAUUAUUGGAUAGUAUUCCAACUAUGUUUCAGAACAGUAGAAUCGUUGAAUCAGCCUUCAGUGCAGCAAUCAAGGCAGCUUUUUUGGCAAUGAAAAAUACUGGAGGGAAGCUUUUGGUAUUUCAAUCAGUCUUGCCUUCUGUUGGCAUUGGAGCCCUUUCUGCUCGAGAGGCUGAGGGAAGAAGUAACAUCUCUGCAGGGGAGAAGGAGGCCCAUAAAUUACUCCAACCAGCAGACAAAACAUUGAAGGAAAUGGCAAUUGAAUUUGCUGAAUAUCAGGUCUGUGUUGAUGUGUUCAUCACUACCCAGACUUAUGUCGACAUUGCUUCUAUCUCUGUCAUCCCUAAAACAACUGGAGGGCAGGUUUAUUAUUACUAUCCUUUCUCUGCUGUUUCUGAUCCAGCAAAGCUGUACAAUGAUCUCAGAUGGAAUGUCACACGGCCUCAAGGGUUUGAGGCAGUGAUGCGUGUGAGGUGCAGCCAGGGCAUUCAAGUUCAAGAAUACCAUGGAAACUUUUGCAAGCGCAUUCCAACAGAUAUUGACCUAGCUGCGAUUGAUUGUGACAAAACUAUUAUGGUUACAUUAAAACAUGAUGAUAAGUUGCAGGAUGGCUCAGAAUGUGCUUUCCAGUGUGCCCUCCUCUACACCACCGUGUAUGGACAAAGAAGAAUUCGUGUUACAAAUUUAUCAUUACCAUGCACAAACAAUUUAAGUAAUCUGUUCCGCUUGGCUGACUUGGAUUCCCAAUUUGUGUGUUUCUUGAAGCAAGCGGCAAGCGAAAUCCCUUCCAACCCACCCUUGGUUAUCCGAGACCGAGUGACAAACUUUUGCAUAAACAUUCUGCUUUCAUAUCGCAAAUUUUGUGCGACAGUAUCAUCAUCAGGACAACUCAUCCUUCCAGAAGCACUUAAACUUCUGCCCCUGUACACCCUCGCAUUAAUUAAAAGUACAGGAUUGAAACUCGAUGGGAGGAUAGACGAUCGGUCUUUUUGGAUCAAUUAUGUUUCUUCUGUUUCUACUCCUUUAGCGAUUCCAUUGGUGCACCCUAGGAUGAUUGCAAUCCACGACCUUGAUUCACAGGAAGCAAUUGGAUCUCUUAUCCCCCCUGCACUUCCUCUUUCUAGUGAAUAUGUGAAUGACAAUGGAGUUUAUCUUCUUGAGAAUGGUCAGGAUGUUUCAAUAUAUAUUGGGAACUCGGUUAAUCCAGAUAUCUUGCAAAAACUGUUUGGCAUUUCAUCUGUUGCUGAAAUUCCAACUCAGUAUGUCCUGGAGCAAUAUGACAAUUCACUAUCAAAGAAACUAAAUGAUGUGGUGAACGAGAUACGACGCCAAAGAUGUUCUUUCCUGCGUUUAAAGUUGUGUAAAAAAGGAGAUCCAUCAGGAAUGACAUUCUUCUCAUAUUUGGUUGAAGACAAGGUUCCAGCUGGCACUCUCUCCUAUGUAGAAUUUCUAGUGCAGGUCCAUCGGCAAAUUCAAGUAAAAAUGUCUUCAUAAUUCUGGCAUCUACAGUUGAUUUUACAAGUUUUGAUAGGCGACUGCAAGAACAGAAUCAGAUUCAAAGUAAAGAAAAUCAAUGUCAUGCUUGAUAUGUGUUCUGGGAUCAGCAACUCACUCUUAUUUAUUUACAGAAAGCAAGCUGGGUAUGAAUUUUUCCAUGGAAGUUUUGUUGAGUGUGGUUCUAUAUUUUAUAACAGUGAUUGCCAAUAAUAAACUCUUUCAUUUAUAGUUGUCUUA